AGAAAUGGCGAGUGGGGUCGGCGAUCUUGAGGACAGGGGCCGUGGUGAUGGUUUGCUUGAGUAAGUCAAAAGUGUGUCGGCUGCGAUCGUUCCAAUGGAAGGGCUCGUCCUUGCGGGUGAGUUCGCGGUGAUCGUAAAAGAUCUCGGAAAAGUUGGCAAGGCUGAGGAAGGAACAGAGUUGAAGGAGGGUCUUGGGUGUGGGCUACUCGACGAGGGUUGUGACCUUCGAGGGGUCCAUACGGAUGCCUUCAGCGGAGACAAUGUGGCCGAGGUAUUCGACGCUCGAAGCGACAAACGUACAUUUGUUGAGCUUGGCAUAGAAUUUUUGCUCUCGGAGGAUCGAAAGGACUUGGCGAAGGUGCUGAAGGUGGGACUCGAAGGUGGGGCUGAAGACAAGAAUGUCAUGAAGGUAGACGACACUGAGUUCGAGGAGGUUGCGGAAGAUGUGGUUCAUGGUAGAUUGCAAGGUAGCGAGGGCAUUGGUGAGUCCGAAUGGCAUCACGAGGAACUCGUAGUGCCUGAACCGAGAGCGGAAGGCAGUCUUGUGGGUGUCCUCCUCGCGGAUACGGAUCUGGUGGAAGCCAAUGUGAAGGUCAAUCUAGGUAAAGUACUUGGCUACACAGAGACGAUCAAGGAGCUCGAAAAUCCGAGGUAGGGGGUACUUAUUCUUGAUCGUGAUCUGGUUCAAGGCGCGGUAGUCUGUGCACAUGCGGAGUUCCGAAGUUCUACCUUUCUUGACGAAAAGGCAGCUGGUUCCGAAGGGGGAUGAACUUGGCUUAAUGAACCCUUUUUCAAGGA